CAUACACCAUUACCCCCGGGCUCCAAACUCCUCAAGCUAGGGUUUGGAGUCAGCAGGCCUCUUCCUUCAGGACUUCUCGUUGGUAGCGGAGCCUCUCUACCUUUCUUCCUCUUCGCUUCAAGCCUUCGGACAGUGUUUUUCGAUCAAUCCGAUUGGGGUGCCAUAACUUGGUGCUUCUCCUAGUCCUCUGAUUCACAGAUCUGAUUGGGAGCGCCAUAUCUCUGCAAAAUCGCCUUGCUUCGCCACUACAACAACAUCCCCAUCAUGGUGGAAGAUGACUUAGGAUUUAUGCUCAGCUGGAUCCGAAUCGCGGAGAACGAAGACGGGAUCCUCCCACUGCAUAUGGUUUGGAAAUAGGACGAUGCUAAAGUGGAAAAGUUACGGUUGGUUGGGAAAUUGUUAUCCCGAAGGAGGAUCAACCUUAAUGGCCUCCAAAACGCUUUAAUGGCUUCCUAAAACCCUAAGAAAGCUAUUGUAAUUGUUGAUCCGAGUGGUUGUUAUUGGAGGUUGAUUGGGUUUCUCGGCCGAAAGCAGGAGGAAAGGAAUGCAAUUGGGGAAGCUGAUGGUGUUCUAAAAGGGGAGAACGCUAUUCCAAUCACUAAAGGGGCUCUCGUUCCCUUAAUGAAUUUCGGCCACAUGGGAUUAGAGAUGAUUGGAACAAUUAGGGCCAUGGUUGGGAGCUCAUGGAGACAAGACAAGGGAGGUGCCUAGGCUUGGAUGGAGGACCAUGCCCCUCUUGUUGAUUAUUCCUCAAUGAAUAGAUAGGGCGAUAACUUGUGGGUUGUGGACUGUUUGUUGUCAAAAUACCUUGCUCUUCCCAUGAAGCUAGUUAAAUGGGUGAGGACGUUCAGUAGGUUGUGAUGCUCAUAACGACUCUCCUUUUACAUUAAUAGCUUUAUUUGGCUUAUACAAUGAUUGUAAUCACAAUCUCUAGUUGCAUAUGACUCUAUUUACUUAAUUAUCUAUAUUCGUCAUGGGUAUAGUUUAAAUCUGU